AUGGUGAACUUGUUGGUACCGCAGGAUGAGGUUAAUGUUGACGAGAACGACAUUGGCGUGACUUUAGAGGAAACAGCAGGACAGACAGGUCAAUCUCUGGUAGGCUUCUCACCCACCAUUGGCAGUGAAGAUGGUAGUAGCGACGACGAUAUGGGAAGAGAUGAGGAUGCUAUGAGGCGUGCUGCGCAUCAAUUGCUUAGACGGGAAAACUCUAAAGUUGUAAUACGGUAUAAAGAUGACAGGAUGCUGCUAUUUGACUGUAGCAGCGAUCAAGACAGUGAACCAGAGGGAAGUGAUGACGACGAGGGCAAUGGCAACAAAUCCACGUAUCCUAUAAUAUGUCAAAACAGUGACAUAUCACAUAGUCCCUGCAACAUGUUGAUGGCUGCAAUACGGUCCUUCUUACAGACCUACUAUGGACCUCUACAAUUUGCAAGCAAUGAGAUUAUGCUGUGCAUACCGUUACUCGACAUCACGAUAUGUGAAGAUAACGCUUAUAAUAAUCAAGUCUCGUUUGACGACAUACUGACGAUAUUUGACAUUUUAAGGGAAAGAUCCAAGGAAAAGGAAGAAGCUAAUGUGCCAACCCAUCUAGAAGCUGAGAUCAAGCUAAGACCUAGAUUUGUGGCUAGGUACAAUGCCCUCGUUGAGUUAACGGAUAGUUCAGCGACCUUGAAUAACAUCAAACCGUUUUCGAAUGAUAGUGGGCAUCCGCUGGUGCUGGACGAUUCAGGUCCACAAACGACAAAGGAAGUGGAGGUCAUGGAUUUGGAUGAUGAUGAUGACGACGAGGAUGAGGGGAGGGGCAGACCCUCUAAUGAAGAGAAAAAGACCAACGAGAUGUUUGUAAGGGAUAGUGAUUCUGAUGAACUGCUAGAAAUAGUGUCUGAUGAAGGUGAAAUAAAUAAAAACGCGGAAAACGAAGAAGUUGUCUAG